AUGAGUCUCUUUAGAUCUUCAAAUGCGAAUCAGGCGCAGCCUGCGAAAACUGGCUUCUUCUCCUUUAGCAAUCCUUCCUCAAGCCAGCCGUCCGGUUCCACGUCAUUGUUUGGCCAGCCGCAGACGCAGCAACAGAGCAGUCUACCGACCUUUGGCUUCGGCGCGCCCAAAUCACAGCCUCAGCAAACGGGUGGCUUGUUUGGCACUUCGCAGACACAACAGAGCGGAGGAUUGUUUGGGACUGGUACACAGCCUCAGCAGCAAUCCAGAGGCCUAUUUGGAGCGUCACAGCCUCAGCAACAACCGGGUGGUUUAUUUGGCACUUCAACACAGCCACAACAACAGAGCGCAUUUGGGUUUGGUCAGUCCCAGCAACAGCCCCAGCAACCACAGCGACCUCUAGAUCAGACGCUGAGGUUUGGUCAGUCGCAACAAGGACAGCCUGGGCCCCAAUCACUAUGGGAGGAAGGUCGCGGCCUCAACGUCUUCAGGUCAAUACCCGUACAAAUGAACAUUGUCAAGAAUAAGUGGGAUCCCACUAUUCUGUCCUCCCCGCUGCGGACCUACUUGUAUCAACACGUCGAGAGUGAAACAGAUGCCUUGAAAUACCGACCGGGGCCGGGAGAAGAUGAAGACAAGUGGGAAGAGGCAGUUUCUAAAAGACCUGGACCUGACUGGGUCCCUCUUUUAAUCCAGGGAUUUUUCCAGCUGGGCCGAAAAGCUCAAAUACAAAUGGAGGCCGUCCAAAGAUGCAAUAUGAUGCUCCAAGAAAUCAACACAUCACUCGACGUUCAACUGGAUAAACACCGCCAAAAUAUGGCCACGAGAUUAGAAGAAUGCAAGAGAAGACAAGCUGCGGCAGCUCAGCGAACAUUAUCAUUGGCAGUCAAAGUCCAAAUUCUUCGAAACCGAGGCUACGUGAUGGACAACGCCGAGGAAGAACUGAAAGCGAAACUGGAAAAGCUACAACGCGAAGUCUUUGAUCCCUCUUUGAAUGCCCGAGAGCAGGAAAUCUGGGCGAGGAUGUUGGGAAUUCGAGAACGUGCGAAGAGAUUGAAGACUGAGAUGGAGAAGAUCGCACCGGCGGCUGCUGCUGAUGGGGAAGGUACAACGCUGGAUGAGGAUACGAUCAAAGCUGCAAAAAAGACACUGGAAGCCUACGAAAUUCAACUACGGCAUCUGCAGAAAGAACUGGAACUUGUGCAGCAAGAGUAUGACGAGUGGGAGAAGAUAUCUAAGGACAGGGAUAAUGAUGUUCCUCGACGGAGGUAA